GGAGCGGCGUGGUGUGGGCACAACAAGCCCGGCGCAGCGGUCACUCGCUCAUCUGCGCCUCGGGCUCGGCUCCCCCGCACCCCCCGCCCUCCAAAAUCCACCACACCGGCACCGCACCUGAAGCCGAGACGACCUGGCCGGCCAGCGACGACGAGCUGCGGCCGAGACAAAGAAGGAGACUCGCCCUCGACCGUCGCACUAGCGUGACCGAGGGACGCCUCUCUUUUCCCGGACUCACAUCCAACACUUAAGCCGGUGUGCACGAACACUCCCGACCCGGGCACCAUGGCGGAGAGAAGUGGCCGGCUGAGCUUCCCUGGCAGCGGGGCUCUCAACAGACCGGUGCCGAUGAAUCUGUUCGCAACGUGGGAGAUCGACGGCUCGUCACCGAACUGCGUCCCGAGGCUUUGCAGUCUGACUCUGAAAAAGCUGGUGGUGCUCAGAGAACUCGACAAGGAGCUCAUCUCUGUGGUCAUUGCCGUCAAAAUUCAAGGCUCCAAGCGCAUCCUGAGGUCCCACGAGAUCAUGCUGCCGCCCAGCGGUUCCGUGGAGACAGACCUGGCCCUCACCUUCUCACUGCAGUACCCUCACUUCCUGAAGCGCGAGGGCAACAAGCUUCAGAUCCUGCUGCAGAGACGCAAGCGCUACAAGAACCGAACCAUCCUAGGAUACAAGACGCUGGCUGCGGGCUCCAUCGACAUGGCAGAGGUGAUGCAGCACCCGACGGAGGGAGGCCAAGUGCUGCCUCUGUGCAGCCAUCAGAAGGACCUGCUGGGGAAGGUUGCAGAGAUCUGGAUCUUCUCGCUCUCCAGCCAGCCCAUUGACCACGAGGACGGCAGCCUGCAGGCCGGACACAAGAUCAAAUGCUCGGAUAACUACUCGGAGGAGGAGUACGAGAGCUUCUCCUCAGAGCAGGAGGCCAGCGACGAUGCAGCACAGCCUCAGGAUCUGGAAGAUGAUGAGUACGACGUGCGAAAGCCAAAGAAGCAGAGAAGGUCCAUUGUCAGGACGGCGUCCAUCACAAGACAGCAAAACUUUAAGCAGAGAGUGGUGGCUCUCCUCAAGAGGUUCAGAGUGUCCGACGAGGUUCUGGACUCGGAGCAGGAUCCAGCCGAGGUUCCUCCUGAGGUGGAGGAGGAAGAUCUGGACCUGGAUAGCGUGGAGUUCGACAAUCCCAGUGACAGCGGACCCGAGCUGGACGACGAUGACAGUGUCCUCAGCACGCCUAAACCCAAACUCAAGCCGUAUUUCGAGGGUAUUUCCCUUUCCAGCUCGCAGACGGAAAUCGGAAGCAUCCACAGCAGCCGCAGCCACCGCGAGCCGCCCAGCCCGAUCGAGCCUGAUAAAAACGAGUGUGUUGGCGAGGACAGUGUGUCUGACAACAUUUCUUAUGAGCAUCCGGAGGCGGUGACGCCGACCACGGAGCUGGAGAUGGACAACAUGGACACGUUCUUGGACAGACUGCCCCCGAGUGGCAAGAUGACCAAGACGGAGUCGCUCAUCAUUUCGUCCAACAGGCAGGAGCCCAAGUUGGCGGGCAGGCGAGGUCGCAGCACGUCGCUGAAGGAGCGCCAGCCCAGCAGGCAUCAGAACGAGAGAGCCAACAGUUUAGACAACGAGCGUGCGCUGGACACUCGCAGCCACCUGCAAAUCCCAAGGAAGACGGUAUACGAUCAGCUCAACCACAUCCUGGUGUCUGACAACCGGCUUCCCGACAGCAUCAUCCUCAUCAACACGUCCGACUGGCAGGGGCAGUACCUCUCAGACGUGCUCCAGAACCACCACCUGCCCAUGGUGUGCACAUGCACCACGGCGGACAUCCAGGCGGCGUUCAACACCAUCGUGUCCCGCAUACAGAGAUUCUGCAACUGCAACUCACAGACGCCCGUCCCCAUCAAGAUCGCGGUGGCCGGUGCGCAGCACUACCUCAGCGCCGUGCUCCGCCUCUUUGUGGACCACCUUACCCACAAGACGCCCGACUGGCUGGGAUACAUGCGCUUCCUCAUCAUCCCGCUGGGUGCACACCCUGUGUCCAAGUAUCUCGGCACCAUGGACUACAGAUACAACGCUUUGUUCCAGGACGCCGCCUGGAAGGACCUCUUUCACAAGCCCGAGGCGCCUGUAGUCGGUAAGGGGGUCUCCAUCGGAACGUUUCGAUUCCUAAAAGACGACAUCGGAUUGCUUCAGGAGGGUCCGGACGUGGUGUCCAGAGUGACGCAGUACAUGCUGGGGGCAAACGGAGCGCACCAGCUUCCCAUCGCCGAGGCCAUGCUCACGUACAAACAAAAGAGGAAAAAGAGCUUUCAUUUUGAUUUUGCCAUCAGCCCCGAUGAGGACUCGUGUCAGAAGUUCAUCCCGUUCGUUGGUAUGGUUAAAGUGGGAAUAGUGGAGCAAACGUCAGCAACUGCAGGCGACUCGGACGACGCGGCGCCCGCCAGCUCCUCGCUUCUGCUCGCCACGCCGCCUCAAGUGUCGCCGGCGCUCAAAGAGGCGUCGCCCACGCCGCCCUCCUCGCCGUCCGUCAACACGAGUUUCUGCAUGUACAGUUCUGGGGGUCAGGCGGAGCUGAUGGGCCUUCAGGUGGACUACUGGGUGGCCGACAGGAAGAAGGACGUGGAGAAACGUGACUCCUCCUCGUCCUCCGCCGCCAAAAAUACGCUCAAGUGCAAUUUCCGCUCGCUGCAGGUCAGCCGGCUGCCUGCCGGGGGCGCCGAGCCCGGUACCCUGCCCACCAUGUCCAUGACAGUGGUGACCAAGGAGAAGAACAAGAAGGUGAUGUUCUUGGCAAAGAAGAGCAAAGACAAGGAGGUGGAGUCCAAGAGUCAGGUGAUCGAGGGCAUCAAUCGCCUCAUCUGCACUGCCAAGCACCAGCACACCAUGUUGACAGUGUCGAUCGACGGCGUGGAGUGGAACGACGUCAAGUUUUUCCAGCUGGCGGCGCAGUGGUCGUCGCACGUCAAACAUCUCCCCAUCGCCAUCUUCGGCCACGCCAAAGGCCCCUCCUACUAAGAACCUUCACCCUCCUCUCCCUCCCCCUUGUGCCAACCCUUUUAACCGACUUUAUUUAUGUCAUCUCUGUCGUAUUGUUAUGUUACAACCUUCCUCUCUGCUUUGUUAUUGUUCUUUUUAGACACUUACUACUUAGGCUAAAUGCUAAUCUCGUGUCCAAAGUGGAUGAUGUCGUACUAAAAGCACACACCGCAUACAAAAAGGGGAUAUGAAUGAUAUAUAUUUAAAAAAAACGCGUUUUGAAAAGGAGAUUUUGAACGUAUUUUUAAGCCGGGAAAUGUUGGAUGACUCGUGCAAUAGUAAAGAUCAUAAGAAGGGGACAUAUUAUAAGAAAAAUACUUUUUAAUGGCUUGUAUACAAAUAGUUGGGAAUUGGGUCUGUGGAGUGAGUGCCCACCCAUAAAAUGUGAAAUUAAACAACCAACUAAAUCUUACGUUAUAUGGUAAUUUUUGAAAAUGUGUCUGUGAUAGUGCGAUUCUGAUUACCCCCCCCCCCCCCCCCCCCCACUCUGAUGUCACAAUCGGGCAAUUUUACAUAAUACCACCCUCACACCAAGUUUUUCAGCCAAUGUUCCAAAGUUACUGAACAAAAAAACGCAAAAAACUAAACAAAAAAAACUUACACAGCAGAAAGACAUAUUACAUAUAUUGACAAAUGUAUUUCACUCACUUGGUGAUGAUGAUGUUAUUAAUACACCUGGGAACUGUUUUAAAUCGCAGGAAAAUACAUAAUAUGCCUCCUUUAAAGCAAAAUAGUCUUGACACAACAAAUCAUAGCACAACGCGAGUUCAAAGUACAAUAUUUAAGGCCCGUAUCUCAUUUGCGACUUGCAACAGUGCGCGUGUGUGUGUUCUGCAUCAUGUUAUAUAGAUAACAUCUCAAGAGAUGUAAAAUGUAUCGCAGCAGCUUCUUUGUCAUGUUGGUCCAUCGUGUGUGUCACGCACCUAACACAUUUGAGAGGACCGUAAGGCAUACAAGGCGCAUUUGACAUAGCAGUUCGUCCGCAUAGUCGUUCGCCAGAUUCUCAAUAAGUGCCUACAUUUGCUUCAACGAGUUCCCAAUCAAAACAUCCCGGUGCUGAUUGAAUUCUAGGACAAAAACAUACACUGCAUGUGCACUCAUAUGUUGUUUAAAAACACUAAAUAAAGCCCCUUUUUUUUUCAACAUUAGCUUUUAUUUGAUUUUUGUUGUCUUAAGUUGAAACCAUUGUCAUACCCAAAACCUGCGUGUAAUAAAACUACUACACACACUAAAA